UGCCGCGGAGGCGGCGCCGGGCGCGGCGCAGAGCGGAGCGGAGGAUGCUGCGGGCGGGGGCCGCCGCCAGCCCCGCUCCCGGCCCCCGUCCCGGUCCCGGGCGGGAGGACUCCCCGCCGCCCCCCGCCCGCUGAGCCCGGCCCGGCCAUGGGGGCUCUGACCAGCCGGCAGAACGCAGGGGUGGAGGAAGUGGAUAUCCCCGCUAAUUCCGUCUACAGAUACCCCCCGAAAUCCGGGAGUUACUUUGCCAACCACUUCAUCAUGGGCGGCGAGAAGUUCGACUCCACGCACCCCGAGGGGUACCUCUUCGGCGAGAACAGCGACCUCAACUUCCUGGGCAACCGGCCCGUGGUGUUCCCUUAUGCUGCUCCACCUCCUCAGGAACCCGUGAAGACCCUCAGGAGCUUAAUCAAUAUCCGCAAGGACACCCUGCGCCUCGUCAAGUGCUCGGAGGAGGUGAAGACCCCGGGGGAAGAAGUGAGCAAAGCCAAGGUGCACUACAACGUGGAGUUCACCUUCGACACGGACGCCCGCGUGGCCAUCACCAUCUACUACCAGGCAACUGAGGAAUUCCACAACGGGGUGGCGAGCUACACCCCCAGGGACAACAGCCUGCAGUCGGAGACGGUGCACUACAAGCGGGGGGUGUGCCAGCAGUUCUGUGUGCCCUCCCACACCAUCGACCCGUCCGAGUGGAGCGAGGAGGAGCUGGGCUUUGACCUGGACCGCGAGGUUUACCCCAUGGUGGUGCAGGCAGUGGUGGAUGAAGGAGAGGAGCACAGUGGGCACUGCCACGUGCUGCUGGCCACCUUUGAGAAGCACAGUGAUGGCACCUUCUGUGUGAAGCCCCUCAAGCAGAAGCAAGUGGUGGAUGGUGUGAGCUACCUCCUGCAGGAGAUCUACGGCAUCGAGAACAAGUACAACACACAGGACUCCAAGGUGGCCGAGGACGAGGUGAGCGAUAACAGCGCCGAGUGCGUGGUGUGCCUGUCGGACGUGCGGGACACGCUGAUCCUGCCCUGCCGCCACCUCUGCCUCUGCAACUCCUGCGCCGACACCCUGCGCUACCAGGCCAACAACUGCCCCAUCUGCCGCCUGCCUUUCCGAGCCUUGCUUCAAAUCCGAGCCAUGAGGAAAAAGCUGGGCCCGCUCUCGCCCACCAGCUUCAACCCCAUCAUCUCCUCGCAGACCUCCGACUCCGAGGAGCACUCGUCCUCGGAGAACAUCCCGCCGGGGUACGAGGUGGUGUCGCUGCUGGAGGCCCUCAACGGGCCGCUGACACCAUCGCCAGCUGCGCUGCCCCUGCGGGCGCUGGGGGACCCCCCGGGCGUGGGGACCCUGCCCUCCUACGGCAGCGAUGGCCCCCUGCCCCCCCUGAGGGGCCUGUCCCCCCUGGAGCGCCUGCCCGACUGCCCCCCGGGGCUCAAGCUGAAGAAGAGCAUCUCCAAGUCCAUCUCACAGAACUCCUCCAUCCUGCCCGAAGAGGAGGAUGAGAAGUCGUGCACUGAGUCCGAGCUGAGGGUCGCCAGGAGAUCUCCAGCCCGGCAUGAGGAAGGAUGUGGUGCAACCCCAGAGAGUGAAAACCUCACCCUGUCAUCAUCAGGAGCCAUCGACCAGUCCUCGUGCACUGGGACACCCCUGUCCUCCACCAUCUCGUCCCCAGAAGAGCCCGUGAGCAGCAGCCUGGCUCAGUCCGUCAUGUCCAUGGCCUCCUCCCAGAGCCAGCACUCCCAGCUCAGCACCGACACCGUGUCCUCCAUGUCUGGCUCCUACAUCGCCCCUGGCACGGAGGAGGAAGAGGAGGACGAGGAGGAAGAGGAGGGGGACAUGCUCCCCUCGCCCGCAGCCGCAAGCGCCACAGCCUCUGAUGGAGAGUCAACACCCGUGGAGUCCCCGGAUCUGAAUUUUGUCAGCAUCUCUGCUGAGGAGCGCGAUGCCGAGGGCAACGAUGUGCUGGAGGAGGAGGACGCCUCUCCCACACAGGAAGACGGCCCGAGGACAGGCGCUUUCCUCGGUCUGAGGUGUGACAAUAACAAUGACAUGGGCAUCGCACACGUGAGAGCGCUGGACAAUAAACUGUGCUCUGAGGCCUGCUUACCUGGCUCCUCCGUCUGCGUGAAAGUUCAUGUUCGCUCUGUGCCAACACGGUUUUCUCCACCCACGCUUGUGCCCCUUCCCUGCCCAGAGUUGCCCAAAGCCGCCGUGCCGGACUCCUGCCCCAUUAACAUUGAGGAAUAGGCCCAGAGGCAGCCAACAACAACGUGGGGCUGCAGCAGACCUGGCCCCGCUGUCCCCCCGGCCCCCGGGACCUGGAGCAGGCAGCGGCCCCCCUGCCCGUGUGAGGGCUCAGCCUCGCCGGGGGCACGGACCCCCUGCCCACCCACGGGGACCUGGUGCCUGGGCACCGUGGGCAUCGUCACCACCACCCCUCAGCUGUACCAGGACUGAUUUUCAAAAGAAAAUAUGUGGUAACCUCGACUUUUCUGUGGGGGCUGAAAGCCAUGUUACUUUGAAGCCCCCCACUAGCACCUUCCCAUUCUCCAGCCCCAACGGGGAUGGGCUGGGGUCCCCUCCUGCCCCCCUGGUCAUCUUACACCCCCAGGCUCCUCUCCUCCAAAGUGUGGAGCAGAUGGGACAGGGACAGCUCACUGAGUCACCGAGGGGUUCUGGGAUGUGGGUGGGUGGGGACAAUGGGAGGAUGAUGUUGUGGGUGUGGGUUCUAGGAAGAGUGUUGGGAUUUGGGAUUGGCAUCCUCGGUGCAUGAGCUGCUGACUUUCAUGGGAGGCUGUCCCCCCUCCAAAGUUUGCUGGCCCGUGCACUGUCCCCACGCCACGGGAUGUCCCCAUUAAUGCACUGCACAUGGGGUGCCCCCAUGGCUCCCCCUCCUCUGCUCUCCUCCUGAGCAGCUCCUGGGCCUGGCCCCGAGGCUGCUGUUCCCGAGGGCACGGAGCAGGGUGGCAGGGGUGGGCAGGAGGCCUGGUACUGCCCCAGCCCGGUCUCCAGCCCCUGGGGCAUUGACCAUUUAUCCUCUGUCUUCCGCCCUGCUGUGAGCUCAGGGCUCUGGGCUGCGCCCUCUCUCUGGAACAAGUGCCAAAAGUGUCACCCCAUGCCACCCGCCCUGCCCUCCCCAUAACAGUUUGUAGCAAGGGGUGGAUGAGGGUGUGGGAGCUGCCCCCAUCUCCAUCCCCAUCCCUCUGGCCAGCAUUGGGCUGACAGCAUAAGUGGAUUUUGCUCCAAGGGCAGGCACACAAGGACAGUAAAGCAGGAGGGGUAAAGCCACAGACCUUGGGGGCCUGGUGGGGCCACUGGCAGAGGCCAGGCUCCGCUCCAGAGAGCAUCAGGGACAGUCAGAAAUCACUUGGAGCAGCAUCAGACCCUGCAUCCCAAUCUAGCAGGCUCUGGAGCUGUUUGGGGCAGCCCAGGGUGGGAAGCUGAGCCUCCCUUUUCCCCACCUGAUUUUGUCACACAGCUGUGGCAGCCGAGGCCACCUCCUCCUCUUUGCAGGACACAGCUGCGUUUCAGAGCCACCUUAGCACAGAGAUGUUCGUGCACUGCAAGCAGUGUCCCUGGAGGGCUGGGGUGGGGAGCAGGUUCCCAGUGCCAUCCCCAUGGGCUGUGCUGGUGAUGGCUGUGGCUCCUAGAGAGACAUGAAGCCCUGUUGGGGGCUGGGGGUGUUUUCUCUGCCUUGCUCUGUGUGGCUCCUGCCAGAGGUGGGUUGGAGCCAGCCAUCCCACUGCUCUCUCCUCUGGGCUGGCUGUGUCUCCUCAAAGCUCAACAGCUCCCAAAUUCCUCCCUGGGAACCCAGGGCUCGUGUUGGAUGUCAGGGGGUGACAGCUCCAAAACGCCAUCCUGUGGCAUGCGAGGUGGGAGCUGCAAAGAGCAGGGAGGGCUGAAGGGCUGGGGACAAGCCUCGUGGCCUGUUUGGGGACGUGCUGGGUGUCCCAGCCCUAAGGAGCCACAGCACCACACAGGGAGAGCUUUGGAGGUUCACCAUCGUGCUGAGCUGAGAAAACCACGGCAGCCAUCGCUUCCCCAAGUCUCCAGCAUGGGCAGGGGAGAGAAAAUCGGACUGGGGCACCUCGUCUACCAAAGCCCAGCCUUCCUCGUGGUUUCCGAGGUGACAAGGACAGCUGGCCUGGCACCCUGGCACAGGCUGCAGCGGUGCUUGUGGCUGCCAGCAGAGCAAGGAGGACUUAGGGGAGACCGUGAGGGUUUUGUGGCUCCUCUGAGCGGUGUCCCCAAGGCUGCAGGAGCGGCCAGACAAACUCCCGGGGUGGCUGCGGGUGGGCGCUGCCCCUGGCUCAGAGAGGAGCCGGGAGGAUGCUGCGGCCGAGCAGUGCUGCUGCCUGCCUGUGAGCAAGGAAUCCAUCCUCUGGGUGGCACAGGAGAGACGGGAUCUGGGCAUGAGGGACAUCCGUGCCGUCCUCGGUCACCCUGAAGGGGUAAGGGGCAGGCAGGAGCUGCCAGGGCAGCGUGGGCUGGAAGGUGGCAGCCCCUUGUCCCCGUGACCCACGUGUCAGGGAUUUAAGGAAAGGAAACCAGAUUGCUGCUUAUGAUUUUGCUUUGAGCAUGUUCUGGAUUUUAAGAGUUUAAUAAAGGGUACCUUA